AUGGAUCUGUGGCGCGGUUACGGAUAUGCUACUUACCCGAAUGGACUCCAAAACCCUUUGCCUAGUACUAUUGGGCAAUGCCUUCCUUCAACUUUUCACAUGGAAUCAGGUCACACAGGUGUCAACCAGCUAGGUGGCGUUUUUGUAAAUGGACGACCACUACCAGACCACAUCAGAGGUCGAAUAGUUGAUAUGUCUCAACAAGGAAUCAGACCCUGCGAUAUUUCGAGACAACUUCGAGUCAGCCAUGGAUGUGUUUCAAAAAUAUUGGGAAGAUACUACGAAACAGGAUCAGUGAGACCAGGAGUGAUAGGAGGAUCGAAGCCUAAAGUUGCGACUCCCAGAGUGGUAGGAUGCAUUGCGGCUUACAAACGUGCUAAUCCUACAAUGUUCGCAUGGGAGAUCAGAGAAAAACUAUUAGAUGAGAGAGUAUGCGACGCCGACAAUGUCCCAUCUGUAUCUUCAAUAAAUAGAAUUGUUAGGAAUAAGAGUAGUUUAUCUGUGUCGCCUAGUGCUUUAACAGUUUCAUCCGCUUCUUCUGGACCUUCUCCGUCUCAAUCGACUACUACUCAAGUUCAUACUCAAAAUUUACAACCUAUUAGAGCCCAACAACCUUCUCAGUCUCAACAACAAGCUAACUCACAACAAUACAAUACAAGCUCCUAUAACAUCAACGACCUCUUAGGAUUCGAACAAAAACAUCAACAACAGAGUCAACAGCUUGUUGUCAAUUCUACAGGUCCAUCAAUGGAAGCAUCUGAUUCGUUGGAAAAAGAUUGGUCUGUAGCCAAGCUGGAAGCGUUAUACUCAUCUGAGGAAUGGAUGAGAGCCCCAUUGGGGGCACUGCCCCAGCCACUGUACUCCACUCAUAUUAAUCAUAUUUGA